UGUUAAUUCUGAGCCAUUAGUGUAGCGUAAGAUAUAUUUGACAGAUACACAACAGAAAAACUAACAACCUGCACAUUUGUGGACAUUUUUGUACGCACCCAGAGAAACCUGAGCGGACCAUAUACCAUCGGGGCUGUGCUUGUACGGAAGAACAACAGUGGACAACAAAUUUGAACAUCUGCAGGACAAGAUCCAGCACUUUAAUAGCCUCACACUGGCAGUAUUAUGGAGGAGGAAGAGGCCCCUGUCGACGGCGAGGUGGAGACCCCCUUUGCUGCAGAGACCUAUGCCGCUGAGGCCAUGGCUGCAGACAUGGACCCUUGGAUAGUGUUUGACUCGAGACGAACUCCCAGAUCUGAGUUUGACGGCUGGCUGGAGAGCAACAGGCCCUCACAAGUGCACAGAUUUGGUGAUGAGGAUGGUGGUGUCAGCCCUGUGGGGUGGAUUGCUGUGCUGGGCCCGACCCACUGCCCCAGUGGUGCUGAUGUUAUGGGUCUUCAGGAGAGCUGGGAGAAGCUUCUGGCCAGUGGCCGGCCUGUCAGCUUCCAGACAGUGAAGGAGCUGGCCCUGAACCACGGGGUGCUCACGGGCAAGUGGCUGAUGCACUUGGAUUCUGGUUUUAAGUUGGACCAUGCAUGGGAAUGUGUGGCCAGAGCAGCCCUGGAUGGCAAAGUCUCCCUAGUUAAAGUCAGUCCCUAUGACCCCAAGGCAGACGGUAAGCAGGUCAUUUGUGCCUAUAACCAGAACUUCACUGAUGAGAGCGAGGUUGUAAGGCUGGACUCUGUCAUCCGUGCCACAGGGGUCAAGUGCCCUCUCUCCUAUAAGCCGGAUGUGUACACAUACCUGGGAAUCUACCGAAACAACCGCUGGAAGCUUUGUCCGACCAUAUAUGAGAGCAAAUUUGACCUGGAGUGUGUACCGAGGCGUUCCCACAUUGUAAACAAAGUCACCAAUCUUGAAGUAACAUAAAGAGCAAGAGGAUAGUUUUGUAGGAUGAGUGAAUGAAGAGGCACUUAGUGAUCCCAUGAGUUGGGUUGUGCAGUAUGACUUUCUGAUUGAAAUUGUUUUGAGAGUCAGUGGUUGGAUUUUGAUCUCAUAUUUUUCCUUUUGGCAAAAAAGCACAAAAUCUCAUUUCAGUUGUCUUCUCUCGCUGUAAUAUUUUCUAAGUCACCUGAAAAUAGUCACCUUUUUUGUAUUGAAUAUAUUGUAUUCAUAAGUGAGAAUAUUUGUAUUGUUGAGGUUCUGUUUGUAACACACUUACCCGAUCGAUAGGGUGGCUAAAGAAAUCCUUGAUUUGUAUGCACAUCGUCAGGGGAAAAUUUGCAUCCAAUGAAGCAUUUCUGUUUGAUUUUGAUACAUUUGUCAUUUUUUGACUUUACCUUUUGCUUACAGAGUUGCCAAAUAAAAUCUACUUUUGAAGACCUUUA